GUACACAACACAACUCGACCCUAGCAGCAGCAUCAGAACCGCUCCCGCAAGUGGCCGCAGGUACACAUGCAAUUAGCACGAACGCGGGAACCAUGGCCGCGAGCGGCGCUGGCCUCGCUCAUUGCAGCGCUGCUGCUAGCAGGAAGUGCUCAUGCUUACGGUGACUAUGACGAUAGCGAUGACGACUUCUGGAAGGACAAGCCCCCCGCAAAGCCUGUGAAGACGUCGGUGGACCCCAAGACCGGUCAGCGCCUGGUGGCGACGACCAUUAGGUUCUUCCAAGUGCGCCUCAGGCCCUCGCGCACGCGCACCAUGGCUGAUGCGGCGCGUGUGGCUGAGGAGCUGAACGACGCCUUCUUCCAGGAGGGCCUGUCCGCCAACAAGGCCAGCCCCGUGACCCCGCACCUGGUGUCGGUGCAGUGCCGCGAGGAGUGGGAGGAGCUCAAGGACGUGAUCUUCUCGGUGGAGGACGUGUUCGACGUGCUCGUCAAGGAGGAGCUGUACGGCAGGCCGCAGGCAGCAGCCAAGGCUGGAUCCGAAUCUAAGUCUAGCAGCGGUACGGCGUCGUACGGCGACCUGUGGCGGGCGGAGAUGGGCGACAGCGAGCCGGAGCCGCUGGCGGAGCAGCUGAAGAAGAGGGAUGAGCACAGGGACGGCGUGCCGGGCGCGCCGCAAGGGAUGGCGGCUGGCGGGAAGAAGGGCAAGGGCAAGGGUAAGCGCAAGAAGAAGGGCAAGGCGGGCAAACAGGGGGAGCAGGAGGGCGGCGCGGAGCUUUGAGGAUGGCGGGCAGGGUUCGCUCGGUUUGGAAGUUUGGAAGUGGGAGCCUUCAGAGGGGCGCGGUGCCGUAAGCGUAAAGAACUGCAGGCAUGCACAACAGGCAUGUAAAUAUUUGCAUAAAUGAUAUGUGUUUUAUGGCCAACAGCGAAUGGAUACCGAGUUCCUCUGUUGGGGGCGGGGGUGGGGAGGGGGUGGAGUGUGCGGCGCCACGGCCGAAUGCGAUGAGGGGCGAUGUGCGAGGGUGCCUUAGCAACCUUCCGUUACUCUGCUCUUAUCCUUGGCCCACUCAUGUGAAAGCGAUAUUGAUGCUUUGAGAAAUGAACGUGCAACACUUAUCGACUUUCAGGCCCCUGGGUCAGAGCAACACCUCUUACCCAGUUUAGCUGUGUAGUUAUAGGGUACAAACAUGCUGCGAACGCAGAGCUCAGCUAUUUCUGGCGCGGCACGGAGUACGUGCCGCGCCAAGCUUGGGCCGUGUCUUGGGCCCCUUGCUCUUACUCUUAAUGCCAGGCGACCUAAAGUGGCGCAAUCAAAAUCUAUUGUUGUUGCGGCGUGCAGUGGGGCGGGGGUGGAAAGCUGUCGGGAGCUCCAGGGUACACUGCGAGUAUUUGCUCUGAGCGAUUU